AGGAUUUUUCCUAACUUCGGUGGUGAAGAGGUUGUUAAGCGGUUCAGUUCCAGUUCUGAACAGUUAUGCCUGAGCCUUCUAAAUCUGCACCAGCUCCUAAAAAGGGGUCUAAGAAAGCUAUAACUAAGGCGCAGAAAAAGGAUGGGAAAAAGCGCAAGCGCAGCCGCAAGGAAAGUUACUCUAUCUACGUUUAUAAGGUGUUGAAGCAGGUCCAUCCUGACACCGGGAUCUCAUCCAAGGCGAUGGGUAUUAUGAACUCCUUCGUCAACGACAUCUUCGAACGCAUUGCUGGGGAAGCUUCUCGCCUGGCGCAUUACAACAAGCGCUCGACCAUCACGUCCAGGGAGAUCCAGACGGCCGUGCGCCUGCUGCUGCCCGGGGAGCUGGCCAAGCACGCGGUGUCCGAGGGCACCAAGGCCGUCACCAAGUACACCAGCUCUAAAUAGACGGGCUUGCGUAGGUUUUUCUUAAUUCAAAGGCUCUUUUCAGAGCCACCUACUUUCUCGGAAGAGAGCUGUAAUUGCGAUCAUUGUGCAUAAGAGAGAAAAGCUGAGGUACUUAAAGACCAAGUUAAACUGACAAAUUUUUUCUGCUGCCCUAGCUCCCUCCGAAAAAGCUGUUUUAACUUAAUUAAACUCGUAUUUUCAGUGUUUGAUGCAAUCCUUGGGAUUUUUAUUUAUUUAUACUCGAGAACGCUCUUUCUCUCCUGCGUCCCAGCACUUUCCUAGUGGUGACUGGAAGGUCCCUGGAGAAUAACGGAGUGGUUAAGACGUUUCCGUGCGUAGUUACCCCUGAGAGCGUGGUUAGCCAGGCUCUUGCCCCAAGAGUGAGGAGGAGGAGGAUGUCGGGUCGUUUUCGCCCGAAACAUGAACUCAAGAUGUCAGACGUGGCUGCCUGCAUUGGGGCACAGAUGAUACAUGUCUAAAUCUGAGAAGAGGGACUAUAUGAAAGAGAUCAUGGUGGCAGGAUUGCAGGAAGACUCAUUAGCCACUGGUAAUAUGCAGAUGAUACAACCUUGCUUGCUGAAAGCGAAGAGGACUUGAAGCUUUUACCAGUGAAAGUCAAAGACUGCAGCCUUCAGUAUGGAUUACAUCUCAACAUAAAAAAACAAAAAUCCUCACAACUGGACCAAUAAGCAACAUCAUGACAAAUGAAGAAAAGAUUGAAGUUUUCAAGGACUUCAUUUUAUUUGGAUCUACCAUCAACACCCAUCGAAGUAGCAGUCAAGAAAUCUAACCACAUAUUGCAUUGGGCAAUUCUGCUGUAAAAGACCUCUUUCAAGUGUUAAAAAGCAAAGAUGUCAUUUUGAGGUCAAAGGUGCACCUGACCCAAGCCAUGGUAUUUUCAGUCACCUCAUAUGCAUUUGAAAGCCGGACAAUGAAUAAGUAUGACUGAAGAAGAAUUGACACCUUUGAAUCAUGGUGUUGGUGAAGAGAGUACUGAAUAUACCAUGGACUGACAAAAGAAUGAACAAACCUCUCUUGGAAGAAGUACAGCUAGAAUGCUCCUUAGAAGCAAGGAUGGCGAGACUUCUCACAUACUUUGGAUAUGUUAUCAGGAGGGACAGUGGCUGGGGAAGGAUGUCAUGCUUGCUAAAGUACAGGCUCAUUGAAAAAGAGGAAGACCCUCACUGAGGUGGAUUGACACCGUGGCUGCAACAAUGGGCUCAAGUAUAACAAAGAUUGUGAGGAUGGAGCAGGACUGGGCAGUGUUUCACUCUGUUGUACAUAAGGUCUCUAUGAAUCAGAGCCGACUCGACGGUGCCUAACAGAAACAUGUCUAAAUGAGUUUUUUUUUUUUUUAAACUUCCUGGAAAAAUAAUGCCUGCUUAUUAUUUAAAAAAAAUAGUAAUAACCACUACACAUAAUUGUAAAUAAACAAAUAAAAGUCAAUGGACAUUCCAUCAUCCAGGACUUUUUGUCUGCUUCCAUUGGCAUUUUCAUGUUGCCAAGUUCUCCAGCACACAGUCAGGGAUAUAUGAGGCAAGAAGAAAACAGAGAACUCACCACCCUGUUGUCCUGAGGUUCCUAGCUGGUCUGAUUUCUCUUUACCUUUCAGAUUCCUUUUACCUUCAUUUCAUAUAAAAUUAGGGCAAGGAAUAGGAAUUCCUUGGAUGGUGCAGAUGUUUAAGUGUACAGCUACUGAUUGAAAGGUUGGUGGUUCCAACACACCCAGAGGUGCCUAGGAAGAAAGGCCUGGUGAUCCACUUCUAGCUCAUUGCCGUAAAAACCCUAUGGAGUACAGGUCUGCUCUGGAACACAUGAGGUUGCCAUGAGUUCCAAUACACUGGACUGAAACUGCAAAGGGUGAGGUAAUAAGGGGAAGUAAGGCAUUCCACCUUGGUCCAGAAUCAGAAGUCAAACAUCUGGCUCGAGACUUUUGAAAUAAUUCUUAUUCAUUGUUUCUAAGAAAACAAUAUAAAAAGACAAAAUGACUAUUUUUAGAUGAAUUUCACAAAGAACACAUUCUGCGUAUGAAUAGCCUUUUAUACUCAAUAAAUAUAAAUAAAAUUGGAUGUUGUUAUGAGCUCUGCUAAGUGAAAGGUUGGUGGUUUGAACUCACCAGCCAUUCUGUGGAAGAAAGAUGUGGCAGUCUGCUUCCAUAAAGAAUCCAGCCUUGGAAACCCUAUGGGGCAGUUCUACUCUGUCCUACAGGGUGGCUAUAAGAUGACGUAGGCAUAUAGAUGGCAGCAGGAGACAGCAUGGGGGCCUUCCCAACCACAGAGUGAGAAAGCUGAGUGCCUUUGGGCAGAGACUGAAGGCCAGGGAAAGGCAUAUCUGUGAGCACUGCUGGGAAGAGGCUUUCCUAAUGGAAGAACUGUAUUGUUAGUGUUCCUGAACCUGAACUGUAACCUCUUACUUCUGUAAUAAACCCUAUAAUCAUGA